GCUUUACUGUGCAUUGGCUUACGGAAAACGAACUGUUACUAUCAAAGUAGUUAUAAUUCGCGAGUUUUGUUCGCUUUUCUUAACCUUUCGAUUAGAGAAAGAUUCAAACGAAUGGCAUCGACUAGUUCGAACGUCGAGAAUCUUCAUCCUCAAAUCCUCAAGCAAGUUAUGAAAGAGCUGAGGAGUUUGUCUUGCGAUCCUCCCGAAGGCAUCAAGAUUUUAAGUAACGAUGAAGAUAUAACAGACAUACAAGCAACAAUAGAAGGCCCAGCUGGCACCCCUUACGAAGGAGGACUCUUUCGUGUGAAAUUAGUUCUUGGGAAGGAUUUUCCUGCCAGCCCUCCAAAAGGAUUUUUUUCAACCAAAAUAUUUCACCCAAAUGUUGCCAGUAAUGGAGAAAUCUGUGUAAACACAUUAAAGAAAGAUUGGAAACCAGAUCUUGGUGUAAAGCAUAUAUUAUUGACUAUAAAGUGUCUUCUUAUUGUCCCAAAUCCUGAAUCUGCAUUAAACGAAGAAGCUGGCAAGCUGCUCCUAGAGAGAUAUGAUGACUAUUCAAAACGAGCUCAGUGGUGGACAGAUAUCCAUGCCAAGACCAGUCACUGUACUAAAAUGGAGAGUAUGGAAAAAGGGGAAAGUGUUGAAGCUACUCAAGGGAUUAAAAGAGCUAGUGAUAAAGCACUAGACAAGAAGAAAAAAGACAAGAAGAGAGCUUUAAAAAGACUCUAAUAGAUGCUUAAUGUCUCAAUUAUUGAAGUAAUCAUGAUAAUAAUUCUAUCAUAUGUUGAGUGUACAGUGUAUAUAUAUAAUGUGGAGCUGCUCACACAUUUAUACAGAAAAAGAUCACUCC